AAUUCCCAUAAAUUUCAAUUUUGAUGGGUUGUUUGGUUGUCUUGCAACUGGUAAAAUGGAGGCAAUAGCGUUUCCUUGGGAAAUAACUAUAGUUGUACGGUACAGGAAUUUUCUCACCUUGUAGUCUUGUACCCCCUUGGUCAAUUACACUUCCAGACUUCCUACAUGAAUUUUCAACUGAAUUUACAUAUCUGCCCCUCAAAUAUUAACGUUGGCACUGCUUUUUUUCAAUUUCGCUCUUCAUUUUGUCACAUUUGUUUCUCUCUCCAAACUCCUUUGUUUAUCUAGUUGUGGGCUUGUGGCUAUUGUCUCCUUCUCAUAUCUCUGCAUCUCUUUUCUUCCAUAAGCAACCAGGGAAAAAAGUUAUAGUAAGCAAAAAUGGAGCUCAAAGAGUCGCUUCCAAAAGAAUCAUAUGGUUAUGAAAUGUGUCUAUACCAAAACUUUUGGUGCCCGGAAUUUUGCUUGUAGCCGGUGAUCGCCCUCCAGAAUCAUUUCGAAGCACACGAAUCCGACAUCUUUGUCAUCAACAUGCCAAAAACCGGCACAACUUGGUUCAAGUCUCUUUUAUACUCUCUCUUAAAGAGGUCGGACAACCGCCUUUCAAACACCCCAUUACAAACCCAUAGCCCGCAUGAGCUCAUCUUAAGCCUCGAGAUCAUGAUCUAUGCCAAGGAUAAAACACCCGAUUUGACCAAUAUAACACCACCAAGGCUAUUCUCGACCCACCUACCAUAUGCUUCUCUUCCUGAAUCAGUGAAAAAUUCGAAGUGUAAGAUCAUCUAUGUUACUCGCAAUCCCUUUGACACGUUUGUGUCAUCUUGGCAUUAUUACUCGAAGUUGAAGAACAUUGAUAACAAUGCAGCUCAGCCUUCGAAUAUAGACGAGUAUUUUGACAAGUUCUGUGAGGGGAAGAGCCUUUACGGGCCUUUCUUUGAUCAUGUCAUAGGCUAUUGGAGAGACAGCUUGGAGAGGCUGGAGAAAGUGCUGUUUUUAAAGUAUGAGGAUUUGAAGGAAGAUGGUGCAUUGCAGCUCAAGAGGGUGGCUGAAUUUGUGGGGUACCCAUUUUCGAAAGAGGAAGAAAAACAAGGUAUGGUAGAAGAUAUAAUAAACCUUUGCAGUAUAGAGAGCUUGAAAGAAAUGGAGGUUAAUAAGAAUGGAAAAUGUGAUCCUGAUUUUGACAAUAAAAGUUUCUUUAGGAAAGGGGUGGUCGGAGAUUGGGUUAAUUAUCUUACACCCGCUAUGGUUGAGCGCCUGAGUAAGAUCAAGGAUGAAAAACUGAUUGGUUCUGGGUUAAGUUUUUGUACUGCUAUCGAACAUACUGAACUCUGAAUCAUAUAGGUGGCAAAUGUGUCGUUUGGAUUAAUUCUAGUUCAACUUAAUUAAGUAUAUUCAUGUUCAAGUGGUAAGUGUUCGGUUUGGGAUCUGUUGCUUGUUAGCUUUUUUAAUUCUCAGUUAAUUGGUUUGUUCUGUUCCAUCAAUAAAAACACGAGUAAUGAGAAUUUCCUCUUUCAAUGAACUAUAUAUCCACCAGUUUCUCU